AUGGACGCAAGCCUCAGACGAGAGGCUCUGCAGGAUUUUGAUUUCUCUGAAGACUUUCAUACAGCUUUUUCUCAUAUCCCUCUCGAUAUUCCACCCUCUGCUCUAUUCCCAAACCCUCCAUCUGUUUUCCUAGAAGAUGGAAAUGACCAAGAACAUAUAUCAGUGCCAGGUCCAAUACCACAUCUUUCAUCUCUCUCAGAAUCCUCCUCUUCUUCCUCUUCAUCGUCAUCAUCAUCAUCAUCAUCAUCAUCCUCGGCACCUCUCCGCCCAAGUACAACCCCAAUGCUCUCGGCUCUAGUUUCUCCUCAAUUUCUCUCGGCUACAAAUUCUCUUCAAAAACAUCCAGAACAAACUUCAUCUGCUCCCUUACCAGACCCUCCCAUCAAUGUUUCCAUCAUGUCUCACAGCUCUUCUACAAUACCUGAAAUUACGCCGCCGCUGGGUUCGGAUCCUUUUAAUCUAAUUCAGCCCCAGCCUGAUUCAGCAGCACCCCUGCUCAAUGAGCAUGAGUCGCUUAUGAUUGCUCAGUUCUUUGACAAACUCAACGGUGAUCCAGACUUCCUCUUUGACCCAAAAAUCGAUACCUCUCUCAUGAAUUUCAGCACUGGCCCUGUUAAACCUCUUUUUCAUCCUUCACCUCCUCAGCAACCCUCGCUUUCUCCAACCCAACCUUUAAAUCAGCAUAAUCACCAACAAACUUUGCACUUGCAACAUCAACAAAAACAGCAGCAACAACAUCAACAGCAACAGCAACAAACUUUACAGCCCCUAAACCAAAUACAACCGUUACAAACAUUACCACAACAGUCUCAACCUACAAAAUCUUCUCUAAGGUUUGGAACAGAUCCAAGUUUCCAGCAAGGCAAGUUCGACCCGGACCUUUCUCUUUCUUCUACAAUUCGUUCACGUACUGCUGUUUUCGAUGGCCCAGCCGCCGAUGAAUCUCAUCCAUCACCAUCUUCUGCUGCUGCUGCUGCUGUCCUCCCCCCGAUUCAAGGCCCAGAACCGCUUCCAUUAAUUAAAAAUGACUCCAAUUCAGUUCCACAAACAGGAAGUGGCCAUGCAGCAAGCCCAUUUACCUCCAGUGAUGAGCUCUCGCUUGCUCUUGAUACCCUCGUCAAACUUUCUUCUCAUGCGGCAGCAAAAUUCGCUGUUGAUGCUAAUUCUGGUAAACGGAAACUCGAGGAAACUGAACUUGAUGGGCAUAUUACUACUGAUGGGUCGAUAAAUACCCCGCCUAGCAAGAGGCCAGCCGUGGCUACAUUGAUUCGGUCGGCAGAAAAUGCAGCAGGUCCAUUAUCUUCUUCAUUAACAUCAUCAUCAUCAUCACCAUCAGCAUCUCGACAUAUCCCCCUUUCUGUGUCUAACGGCACUACCAGCAUGAUUUCUAAUGUAAACACAAAUCCUCAUCAACUAGAAACCAUGCCGUCAACCUUACUGCCGCCAUCGUCGCAAACCCAGGACAAUAUCAAGAAAAAAAAAAAAGCAGUUGCACCAAAAUCCAGCAACACUGCCAAAAACUCGUCUCGUUCAUCCUCUGUAUCCUCCAAUCCAUCCUUCUCACGACCAAAACGCGAGAACUUGUCCGAGGAUCAAAAGCGCAUCAACCACAUUUACUCUGAAAAACGGCGGCGCGACCUCAUUAAAUCCCAGUUCCAGGAAAUGUGUUCGCUGGUCCCAAAACUUGCAGGCUCAUCUGCAUCUGCAGCAUCCAAGUCAAAGAGCGUAGUGCUCAACGUUGUCUACGAGUACUUGUUACAUAUGAUAGACUCAAAUAACCGGCUCCGCAGUGUGCUGACCCAACACGGUGUCAGUCUUGCAGCUAUACCAUCAGCGUGCGAUAUGCGCAGUAAUCCAGAUGAAGCUGAUCCUCUGGCCAUGUAA